AUGUCCGUUCCAGGACCUGGACAUUCGGAACAGGAACAAGAGCUACACAAGAGUCUUCUUCGCGAUGAAGAUGAUUUGGAUUCAGAGGUUGAAGGAGCACUUGCAACUGAGCAAAUCAAGCCCUCCGUCCCUCCAUCUGCAUUUGCUAAACAUAUUCAGGAUCCCGAACACGCGGCCCUACGGAAAGAGUACAGUAAUCCGGCUGCACAACAAGUUGUGGAAGUGAAAGCGGAAGAGAAGAUUAAAGUGUCAAUCCCAAAGGAAAGAACGGUCUCGCGAAGAAGGAAAUCCGAUAUGCCAUACUCAGAUUUCUAUGAAAGCAUUUCUUCGCAGAUUCCUCCACAGGUCAGUGUGAGAGGGACUGUGUCGGGUCGAACAACACCACUAAACGAUUACGAAGGGGAUAUUUUGGAGGAGAAUCCACAGUAUAAGAAUAAAGCUCCACCUCCUCCUGUCGUCCAUCGCCGAACUAGCAUCGAAUGGGAGAACUUUGAAGAGUCAAUGCGUAAGUUUUCUUAUUUAUCUAAUUAA